AUGGAGGAGACUAGCAACGAAUGGGCACCAUGGGAAUCCUAUGGUCUGGGUGCCCCUCCCCAACAUGUGUCUCGCGAUGAUCCGACCUUUUUACUGCUUCUCGCACUAGCUGCUCACCCUGAUCUCAAGCUUGAUUACGAGGCCAUGUCAGAGGCAAGCUUCGCGGUCCCGGAUCCUCGCAUGUGGACCACUCCAGCAAUCCUUCGCCACCAUCUCAGACCCCUUGAGCGUCUAAGCGCAUUACUUCGUGACAUGCCAUCGGGAAUUGACGGAAUACGCCUCAGAUUGACAACAGAGAACGGAAUCCACGCAAAUGGGGCGCCUGGCCCUCGAUAUAGCCAGCAAACGGAGAUGAGAGCCAUGCAAGUCCUGAACGGAGCUUGGGGCAGAUACGUCGCUUUAUAUAACGACGAUAAUUCUAGCAUGGCUGGAAACGCGUCUGAAUCGCCGAGGCAAGACUUCCGGUGGAGAGGAUCCCAAGCUCCGGAGCGCAGCGGAUCACCUGAGUCAGAUCGUAGCCGGUCGUUGUCCUCAGCCAUGUCACAAUUGGACUUGGUGCAGGAACCAAAUGCUGAUUUUGGCUAUGAAUCCGGCCACGGGGUCUGGUUGGAGCAAUGUCUAAAUGUCCACGAACGGGUCGCCGCAAGUGAAAGACGUGCAGCUCGUGCUGCACGGCUGGCAGCAUUGCGGCGUCGGAAUAACGGCUCUUCCGCCAAUAACCCAUCUUAA